AUGGAGGAAAAGCAACGUCGGAUAUGUAGUUGGACGGCACUGAUAAGCCAGACUGACGCGACUACCGACUGUGCCUCAGGGAAAAAGCAAUCAUUUCCUGUCUUGAAGAUGAACAACAAAGUCAUGAGCGGAGAGAAGUCGCGCCUGAGGAUUGCUGGACCUGGGCGAGGGAAGCCUCCAACAACCCGGGUCCUGGUGAGUGGUGAUGUGUUGAGUAUGCAGAGCGCGCAGCCAGCAGUGGGUCCGACGGAGAGGCGUCCGGACGGGAAUAAUGGGCUUCUAGCGGAGUUCCAGGAGCAAUUCCUGUUGCGGUUGCGAGUCAAAAAGGCGCAGGCUGUGCCAAAGGACGGUUGCGAGCUGAGAUGA